ACCUGCACGCACACAAGACGCCUCCUAUCUGGCUCCACUCUCGCACGCCAGUACGCCACCGAGCCACCGAGUGCCUAACCGUAGCUCGUAGCUCUCCUCCGCUGCUCGGGUGAAGAGAAUCGGUCGCUUCUCCCCGCCUCCCCGGAGAAGAAGCAAGCAAUAAUGGCUGAGGACGGGAAGGAAGGGACCAAGGAUGCGGCGGCCGAGAAGAGCAAGACGAAGGAGGGCGGCUUCAGGACCAUGCCGUUCAUCCUAGCCAACGACUUCUGCGACCGGCUGGCGACGGUGGGGUUCGGGUCGAACCUGAUCUCGUACCUCACCCUGCAGCUCCACCUGCCGCUGGUGGAGGCCUCCAACAUGCUGACCAACUACCACGGCACCACCAACCUCACCCCGCUCGUCGGCGGCCUCAUCGCCGACUCCUUCGCCGGCCGCUUCUGGACCAUCACCGUGGGCUCCAUCAUCUACCAGCUCGGCAUGGUCUGCCUCACGCUCUCCGCCGCGAUCCCCUCGCUCCGCCCGCCUCCCUGCGCCAAGCACGGCGCCGAGUGCCAGCGCGCCUCGGCCUACCAGAUCGCCAUCCUCUACCUCUCGCUGCUCUGCACCUCCAUCGGCUCCGGGGGCACGCGGCCCUGCAACAUGGCAUUCGGCGCCGACCAGCUCGAGCUGGACGCGCGCAGGCGCCGGGGCGGCAAGGCCCCUAUGUGGAGCUUCUUCAACCUCUACUUCUUCGGCAUCGAGCUCGCCAAGCUCACGGCGGUCACCGCGGUGGUGUACGUCCAGGAGAACGUCGGCUGGGGCUGGGGCCUCGGCGUGCCCACCAUCGCCAUGUUCGUCGCCGUCAUCGGCUUCGUGUCCGGGUACUCGCUGUACGUCAAGAUGCCGCCCGGGGGCAGCCCGCUUGUCCGGCUGGCGCAGGUCGCCGCCGCCGCGUUCAAGAAGCGGAAAGCCGUCGUGACGGACCCUGGCCUCCUGUAUGAGGACAAGGCACUCGACGCCGGCAUUUCCACCACCGGCCGUCUUCUCCACACCAACCAGUUAAAGUUCUUUGACAAGGCGGCCAUAGUGAUGGACGGCGACGUGCUGCCGUCGGGCCAGCCGAAGCUUUGGCGGCUUUCCACGGUGCACCGGGUGGAGGAGAUCAAGUCCAUCGUCCGCAUGCUCCCGAUCUGGGCGGCGGGAAUCCUCAUGGUGACCGCGUCCUCGCACAACAGCAGCUUCGCGAUCCAGCAGGCGCGCACCAUGGACCGCGGCAUCACGAACAACUUCAAGAUCCCGCCGGCCUCCAUGCUCAUCUUCAGCAACCUUGCCAUGCUGCUUACCCUCGCCUUCUACGACCGGGUGCUCGUCCGCGUGCUCCGCCGCUUCACGGGCCGCCCCAACGGCAUCACCCACCUGCAGCGCGCCGGGGUCGGCAUGACAAUCGCCAUGCUGGCCAACGUGGCGGCGGCCGCCGUGGAGCGCAGGCGCCGGUCCGUGGCCGCGGCCAGUGGGAUGCUGGACGCGCCCAAGGGCGCCGUGCUGCCCAUCAGCGUCUUCUGGCUCGUGCCUCAGUACGCCAUCCACGGCAUCGCCAACGCCUUCAUGGACGUGGGCCGCAUGGAGUUCCUCUACGACCAGGCGCCCGAGAGCAUGCGCAGCACGGCCGCGGCGCUCUACUGGCUCACCAUAUCGGCCGGGAGCUACCUCGGCACGCUGCUGGUGACCAUCGUGCACGAGAGGACGCAGCGCAGCGGGCAGUGGCUCCAGGACAACCUCAACAGAGGGAGGCUUGAUAACUAUUACUGGCUUGUCGUCGGGCUGCAGGGUCUUAACCUUGUCUACUACUUCGUCUGCGUCAAGUACUACACCUUCAAGCCGUUGGAGAUGGUCGACGAGAGCGACAAGGAGACCGAGCUGUAUGGCGGCAAUGGAAAUGGCACCAAGAACGCCAAGAAGAGUGCAAGCUUCAGGUAACUAAAUUAGAAUGCGCGUUUUGAUCUCUAUCCCCCAGCUCGAAGAAUAGUUGGGUUAUUGGGAUGGAAUAAUGGUACAGUAACAACCAGAUGAUGUAUCUUCUUGUCGUCAUAUACAGUGCAUAUUCUUCAGUCAGUCAAAUGAGUUGUUUCUCGGUGGAUCAAAAUCUUUUCGUCUGUUUUGUACUUGCGAAAAUAUCAAUGUGUGGAUUUGACGGUUC